CGGAAGGAAGGAGGGAUGAAGGAGUGAGCCGACAAGCCUCGUGAUCCACGGUGGCAGGAAAAAGAGUACAGCAGGUCGAAUCGAAGCGCUGUAAUCGGACGGUAGAGAGGAGGGGAAGGAGAGAGAGAGAGGAGGACACUGAGGUCGGAAGCAGCAGGUGCAGGGAGGCGAACCCGGACUCAACACAUUCUCGGUUUCUUUUUCUUCUUCUUCUUCUUCUUCUUCUGCAGGGAGGCGAACCCGGACUCGACACAUUUUCGGUUUCUUCUUCUUCUUCUUCUUCUUCUUUUUCUUCUUUUUCUUCUUGUUUUCUUCACCGGGCUACAGCGAUCAGGGGAGUGUGGGGCGAAGAAGUGGGGGAGGAGGAAGGUGUCUCGAGGCCCGAGUUCUGCGAGAGCAGGAGGGAAGCUCCUUGUGUGUGUGUGUGUGUAUUUCGUUCGUUGUUUCUGGGAGAGAGAAAAAGAGAGAGAGAGAGAAAGAGAGAGAAGAUGGUGAAUUUGUUGCCCCCCAUGCAUUGGAUCACCGACCUUGUGGUGGUCCCGAUCGGGUUGAUCGCGUUGCCGCUGGUCGCGACCGGCUCGGCGGUGUGCAGAACUGUGUCGUGGAUGUUCACACGGCGCGUCAAGCCACGUGGCAAGGCCAUCGUCAUCACGGGGGCGUCGUCUGGCAUCGGUGAGCACAUAGCAUACGAGUACGCAAAGGCCGGGGGGAAGCUGAUUCUCGCUGCGCGCCGAGUUGACAACCUGAACGCGGUGGCGGACGCGUGCAGAGAGAAGGGAGCGAUGGAGGUGGAGGUGGUCGCUGCCGACGUCGCCAAGGAGGACGACUGCCAGAAGAUCAUUCAGACUGCUGUGGACAAGUACGGCGGCGUCGACAUCCUCGUGAAUAAUGCCGGCGUCCUUCAGUCUUUCGAAUUUGAGCAGCUGAAGGACUUAAAGGCGGCGCGUCAGCUGAUGGACAUCGAUUUCUUUGGUAAUGUCUGGCCCACUUAUUACGCGAUUCCGCACCUGACCAAGAGCCGCGGCCAGGUGAUCGUCAAUUCGUCGAUGGCGGCGUUCUUGCCUCAUCCUAGACAAGCCUUUUACAAUGCAGCCAAGGCUGCGUUAUUCAAAUUCUACGACGACCUAAGGACAGAGCCGUUUGGUAGAAGCGUAGCGAUAACCAUAGCGACUCCAGGUGUCAUCUCGUCGGAGUUAACGGAAGGGAAGUUUGUUAAUGAGACGGGAGAGUGUGUGUGGGAUGAAGGAAGGCCGGAGGUGCACUUCGGGCCGAUGUUGUCGUCUCGAAUUAAGACGGAGGUGGCCGCUAAGGGUAUCGUAGCUGGGGCUUCGAAGCGGCAGAGGUACGUUGUCGUGCCGGCGUACUUCAACAUUUUCGCUUUGUACCGCUUCUUCGCGCCGGGCGCUACUGAUAACGUUCUUCACCGCAUUAUGUACAGAAGCGAGCGCCCCGGCAAAUCCCUGACGGGAAGGCUGGCCUGCAAAUUGGGAUUGAGAUCGUCGGCUGGGUCGUCUGAAGCGGGCGAAGGAGAGGAGACGGCGGCAGCAGCAGCAGAAGGAACCGUGCCGGAGACAUCAGGAGAGGAGAAGAAAGAGGCUUAGGAGGGGUGGUUGGUGAUUGGUACUCGACGAGAGCUUCACGGACGUGUUCACGGAGUGAACGGAGCCUAAUGGAAAUGUCGAUGGAUCUUAACGAACAUGGAGACGGAGCCUAAUAGACGGAGCCUAAUAGACGGAGCCUAACGGUGGUCGUUGCACUCUCUAUUGUUCGCUGGUCGUUGACUCCCUAACGGAAAUGUCGAUGGAUUGAUUGAGCAUGCUGACGGAGCCUAAUAGACGGAGCAUAACAGAAAGGUCGAUGGAUCUUAACGAGCAUGCUGACGGAGCCUAACGGAAAUGUCGAUGGAUCUUAAGUCGUUCAAGGCGGCCGAGGCGGCCGCUGACCUUCACCGACAUGCUAACGGAGCUUAACGGAGGGAGCUUAGCGGACAGGAGUCGUUCAAGGCGGCCGCUGGAAAAUGAAAAGUCGUUGAGCGCCGCCGCUGAAAAAUUUCGCCCAUAAAAUUCUGAAGCGCGCUGUAGAUUUGAGGGGCAAGGUAGUCGGGAUUGGGAUGGUGUAGGGACGAGUCGGGGUCGGGGAGACGUGAGCAUGAGUCUUCUGCGAUGUGGCGGCGAAGUUUACGACUCAUGCAGAGGACUGCAAAUGCACCGGUGGUUUGACUUCGUGGAUUUCUCUAGGGACUCUAGAAAGAGGUCUAGGGACUCUAGAAAGAUCUAUGGACUCUAGAAAUAGAAUCUAUGGACUCUAGAAAGAGAAGGACUAGGGACUCUAGAAAGAGGAGAUCUAGAGACUCUAGAAAGUGGAGAUCUAGGGACUCUAGAAAGAGAAGGUAAGAGGGUCCUGGAGGGAGGUGUUGUAUUCUGUUCAUGAUAUUGAGAAUAGAGAAACUUGUGACGUGGUAGGUUUUAAGCCUCACAGGGCGUGACUAGUUGUUUGAUGGCCAACGGUGGUUUGACUUUGUGGACUUCUGUAGGGAAGUAGCGUUGUCAGGGGUCAGCUCAACAGAAGAUACGGUCAGUUUGAUUGUAUCUAGAGUGGAAGUUACGCGGUUAUUGGAGGUAUAACGACCCCACGAUGUAUUCGGUUUAAAAGGUUAGUGAUGAAAGUAGCCUAGUAGAAUGUUUCCUGUGUGGGAAUAGAUAAGAGUGAAGUCAGGACGUAGGACGUAGAGUAUCGGUAGAUGACACUGAUCAGCGAGAGGAUGGGUGUAAAAGAGCGACCGACAUGAGGAAAUAAAUCACGUCGAGGAGUGUGACAUAUAAGUAGGUUAAUAAUUUUGAGAACGUUUUAAGGUUGGAUAUAGUUUUGUCGUCUAGAUGUCGAGGUAUGAUUGGGUUGAUAUCGGCUGUAUGAUUUGGUUGAUAUCCGCAGGACAGGUUGUUGACUCAGUACGUGAUUCGGCCGGGAAAUCGGCCUGCUUGUUUGAAUAAUUGCUUGCUGUCGGGAGGGAGGGAGGCGGUGGAAAUGCCGAAAACUAUU